GCGCCAUUUUGGCUCCGAGAAGGAGGUCGCAAAAGCCCCGCAAAAGGGCUGAAAUGUUGAACCAAAAUGGCGCCGAAGCAGCUCCGGUUGUCGUUAAAUAUCUGUCGGGCUCGGCCCCCCUUCCCAGAAGCCCUCUCGGCCCUGCUGCUUCCCGGUGGAGAUCAUGGCUGGACGUGUGGCAGCUUUCCUGAAGGGCGCCUGGAGCAGAGAGCCUGUGGUGACCGUGGCGUGCGGGAUCGGGGCGCUGGCUCUCCUUUCAGUGCCCCUGAGGGAUGACGGGAACAUGCCCGAGGUGCCCAGCCACCCCUGUGACCCCCAGGGCCCGACGCUGGACUGGAUGAAGAAGUUGUGAACCCUGUCGUCUGCGGGCUGUACAUCCUGUCGCUCAUUAAACACUUCUGUCUGACUGAA